AUGGCAACCUGUGCUAGAAGCCCCAAUGAGAAAAAACUGGGAGGGAAGACCAACACCCCACAUUUCCUGUUCCAGCUGGCUGCAGCCUUAGAAAAUCCCACCAUCAAGUCACUGGAGUGGCAUGAAGAUGGCAAGGGCAUUAACCUCCAUGCCAAGCUGUACGAGGAAGAAGUCCAGCAACACCAAGAUUUGUUUCCUGAGCUCAAGAACCUGAAAUCUGCUCCAGUUUUGCAAGCUUGGCUGGCGAAUUAUGGCUUCAAGGCAAGGAUGACCAAAACUGAUUCUGACAUGCUCACUUUUCAGCAUGCAGACUUCAAGAAGUUGUCUCCGAGGGCAGAGGAGGCUGAAAGCGCCAAAAUGGAAGCUUCUCUUCUCCUGAAGCAGCCCAAGAAAUCUAAGAAAAGAAAGUCCACUCAAGAGACCGCCCCAGUCCCACCUGCCUCCCCGGCGACUUCUCUGCCCCCAGAAUCUGCAACUACGGAGAAAAAACCCCAGCGUUUGCGUCCUUUAUAUCAAUACAUUAACUACGACAACCCAGAAAUGAAUAGACCAUUGGACAAGGAAUAUGAUCUGCCCCCAAUGGAGGCUCCUCCUACCCAAGAAAACAAGACAGGCACCAUAGAACUGAGAACAACUCCAUCAAUAGAAGAGAAAGGCAGGGAACUGCGGAGUCUACCGAGUGCCACUUCUGGAGCUGCGGUGAAAACAGAGGUGGAUAAGUCGACUCAAGUGGACAUUGAUAAGAUGCUCAGCGUCUGUGCAGCUCACCUAGUCCCACCCCUGUCACCGCAGAACAAAUAAUCGUAUCUGAUAGGAGGCCAAGCUCGUCGCUCAACGGUGCUUUUAUUCCAGAAACUGGAAGGUGCUCCUUGAAGGUCAUCUGAGGAGCAUCAAAUUCUUGUAAGUUUUGUUCAUUAUAGUCAGGGUCAAAAAGUGUAAGUAUUUGUCUUGUUCCUUGCUGUAAAAUAAGAGGAAAAAAUGGAGGCAGUCUAAACAGGAGUGGAAUUGCUCCUGUCUAAAUACGGUAAAUUAGUGCCAAAAUGAGUAUAAAAAAAAAAUACAGAAAAGUGUGUUCAUCAUCAUCUCGAUCCUCCUCGAGCCCUUAGGACAUUUCUGAGUAAUUACACAAUGACCAAGUUGUACAUGGGUUUUCUCCCACAUUUUAUUCCCAUAGCAAUCUCUCUUAUGAGUUAGUUGGUCCAAGCAAGGAUAGUAAAUAAUUUGUACCUGCUUCUUAUGGAUGACACAACCUUAAUUUCUAUACGUUUUUAAUAGCAUCUGGGAAGGACUUUGUCCAUCCAUCCUAGCUUCGGGGUCUUCCAAAACAUUUGGCUAACAUUUCCAGAACAUCAAUAGAUGUUCUUACGUAUCUUUUGCAGGUUCAAGUGCAUACCAUUUAUACUCUACUACUCCUUACAAAGUAAAGAGAUUCACAUACAAAAUGUAUGUCACAAGGUCCCUGUGCUGAACAAGAAAUCCCAGAGAACAGAAAUGAUAUUUUUAGCUUUGAAUCCUGAUGUGAACUUACAGAGGGAAUUAAGGAAGAAAAGGAUACUCUAAUUCACUGAAAAUAAACAAGGAAACAAGACUUAAGAGAUGGGGUGGUGGACUACAUUGUCCUUUGACAAUAAAAAGUAUUUACUCAAAGGAAACUUCAAAUUAAAUUAUUUUGUCCACUUUCCCAUCACUGGAUUGUACUUUUUUGGGGGGGGGGGGAUCUACCAAGGCAAAUACAGGUUCCCUAAAGACAUCUGAGGAAUCUUGAAUUUCUUAGAGAGAAUUCUAUCAUCAGCAUUUUGCUAGAUUCCUUAUUGCUGAAGGACAAAGCCAUCGAGUGUUCUUAUUUAAUCAGAUUUUCUGCCUUAAAAGGAAGAGGGGAAUUUAUGACUUCGGAAAAUCAGUUCUUUUGACUAAGGCAAAAUAUAAACAGAAGUUACCACCUGGACCUGUACUUAUUUUGCACAUUUGCAAGCAAUAAAUUUUGAAGUAUUAUUUUGAAGUAUUAUUUAUCAGGUUGUAUUUGGAAAAAAAAAAAUUCCUACUGCUCCUAAUGUGAAAGUAUAUAAAGAGGAUACACUUUAAAAAAUUCAGAAGCCAGAUCUCUGAAUUCCUGGAAUCAAAUCUUAUGUGCCUGUGUGGCUCACGUUUAACACACUGUCAUAAAUAUGAGUCAAUUGCCAAGGAUCUAAAAUUGGAUUGUGACCAUGGAGAUGUUACAAUGGUAGUGUGAAAAACAGUCGAAAGUCACUUUUUUCAGUGCUGCUGUUAACUUUGGUCACUAAAUGAAUUGUUGUAAGUUGAGGACUAC